GUUAUUUCAAAGGAACUAAUUGUAAAGUUGAAUACUGGAGAAGCUAAGGGGGGGAGAAUUGAAUUGCAGUGAAGGGAGCCAAUGGGUGUGUGAAAGCAAAAGGGAGGCUUUUAGUUGCCGAUCCUUCUCUUCCGAGCUCGUGAUGAUGGAUACCUUGUCUCCAUAGACGCCACCUUCUCACCCUCCCUCCUUCUUCUCUUCUCUUCCUCGCGCCUUCUUUAUCCAUUAUUGGCCCCAAGUACGGUCACUCCUCGGCUUGUCUCUGCAUCCAUCCUUUUCAUUUUCCUCUUCUUUCUAAUAAUCUCUUGAUUUAACCAUACUCUCCUCUGGCCUCCUGCAACUUUCCCGGGUUUCGUGUCCCAAUUAGCCGGUUCUAUUCCCUCUCAGCAUCAUAGCUGAAACUCAGCUUCAAGUGGGCUGAUUAGGGUGUCGACAGCCAGGCACAGAAAAGAAAAGAGCACAGAAAAACAAGUUGAUUUGUCCUGGUGUUGCUUGCAUAGACGUUUGAGAAGACUAAUUAUAAUAUAUAUAUAUAUAGGUAACAGCUUUUUUUCCCUUUUUCUUUUUUGUGGGAAUUGAUAGUGAGAUAUGGCGACGUUCUUUCAUGGAGGCAGUUCAGAAAUCCAAUCAUCUGGUGCUUCUGCUGCCGCCGCCGCUGGUGAUGGCUUCCACACACUUUACCUUCUCAACCCCAGCACCACCACCCCCUACGCUCCUUACUCCGAUACAAGUCCCCACCCUCAACCGACGCCCAACAUGCUUCUUCUCAAUCCGAAUAACUCUCCGCCCAACGCGCUCAACCUCGCCACCCUCUCCCACGCGCCACCUCCUUCCUCCUCCGACCAUAACCCCGACGAUCCCACCCGUCCCUCCUUCCUUGGACACGAAAUCUCUGCCUUUCACGGCUUCACCCCCUCGGCUACUCCUCCUCGUGUCCACUACAACCUCUGGGGUUCAAUGAUUGAUCCCCACCCAACAUCAGCCGUGGCAACCGCGUCUAGCAGUUCUGGUGGGGCUCCCUCCGCCUCCGCCUCCGCCACCUUAGACGUGUCGCCCCAUAUGAGUUUCAGGAGGCCUACUCAGCAGGGUCUGUCGCUGAGCCUGUCAUCUCAACAGACAGCUUAUAGGUCGCUUUCCGGCGAGCUAGACGUUCCUGGACAACCUCAUCAGGCUUCAGCCAUACCAACCUCGAGCUGCGAUGAAGUGAUGAGGAUUCUGGUUCCGAGUAAUCAUGCUUCGUCGAACGGAAUUUCGAGUGUGCAGAGUUUUGUUUUAGGAUCCAAGUAUUUGAGAGCGGCUCAGGAGGUUUUGGAUGAAGUCGUUAAUGUUGGUAAUAAGGGAAUCAGCCAAGAGGGGGCCAUGAAGGAGAAAAUGAAAGCAAAUAAAGAAUCGACAUCCGGUGGGAAUCGUGACGUUUCAAGUGGUGGUGAUGGAGGAGGAGGAGGAGAAGAAAAUAGUGGAAAUGGUAAGCAAGGCGGUGAACUCAGUACAGCACAGAGACAAGAACUUCAGAUGAAGAAGUCCAAGCUGGUCACCAUACUUGACGAGGUGGAACAAAGGUACAGACAGUAUCACCACCAAAUGCAGAUAGUGAUAGCUUCAUUCGAGCAGGCUGCGGGAUAUGGUGCAGCAAAAACUUACACAUCCCUUGCCCUAAAGACCAUCUCCAAGCAAUUUCGAUGUCUCAAAGACGCAAUCGCUUCACAGAUAAGAGCAACAAGCAAGACCUUGGGUGAAGAUGAUUGCUUGGGAGCUAAGGUAGAAGGUUCGAGGCUGAGGUUUGUGGACCAUCAUCUUCGCCAACAACGGGCUUUACAGCAACUGGGAAUGAUGCAGCACAAUGCUUGGAGACCCCAAAGAGGCUUGCCUGAACGAGCCGUCUCCAUUCUUCGCGCUUGGCUCUUCGAGCAUUUUCUUCACCCCUAUCCCAAGGACUCCGAUAAAGUUAUGCUCGCAAAACAAACCGGGCUUUCUCGCAGCCAGGUGUCAAACUGGUUUAUAAAUGCGAGAGUUCGGCUAUGGAAACCCAUGGUGGAAGAAAUGUACGUGGAGGAAAUGAAAGAGCAAGGGGGGAAUAAUAAGGAGGUGGGGUCAAGCAGCAAGGAUAAUAAUCCACAGCCACAAGAUCCAGGUGGGCUUCGGCUCGAUCAUCAUCAUCAUCAGAUGAAAGGCUUCCAAUCAAAUCCAGAUCAUCAAAGCUUGAAUAACCAAACAACUACUCCGACCGACAUCUCAAAUUCCUCAAUCUACCAGCUCCAUCCUCCUCAUCACUCUUCAGGAUUCGCCGUAGCUGCAGGAUCAAUAAGAACGAGUCCCAAAAAACCAAGAAGUUCAGAAGUAAUGAACAACUCGCCAAGCAGUAUCGUGUCGGUGGACAUAGAAAUGAAGCCUGGAGACACAGGGAGAUCAGAAGGCAACGCAAAGUUUCCUCUGAUGAGUAAUAAUGGGAGUGAUGGAGGAGGAUAUGGAGGGUUCACCAUGGAAGAAAUGGGAAGGUACAACGUGGCCGACCAAUUGGCUCCGAGGUUCCAUGGAAACGGUGUGUCGCUCACUCUGGGACUUCCCCACAGUACAGACAACCUUUCCCACCAUGGAUUUCUGUCGCACAAUAUGAACUUGACGACUGAUGGAACCGACUUCUGUGAGAUGAACGCUCCGCCGUCUCAUUCCAACCCCAGUUAUGAGAAUAUGGAUCACAUUCAGAACAGAAAGAGGUUUGCUGCCCAGUUAUUGCCAGAUUUUGUGGCCUUGUGACCGCUCGUUGCUUGCUAGCUGCUGAUUUCACUUCAGUGUCUUGUUUCCACGCUAACUUAGCACAACACUACUUGGCUACUGGCUGGCACACACCGCGCCUUGCUUUCUUACCACCCUUGUUAUGCUUAUAUAUCUUCGUAAGCUGAUAUUAUAUGUUGUAGCAUAGGACUAUAUAUAUACGCACUCUGGAAGAGAAUUCUGUUAUAUAUAUAUAUAUUGCCAAGUCGCCUAUAGGAUUUAUGUAGUCGGGGAGGGGAUAUAUUCUAUAAUGGUAUAUACAUACAAGCAUUAAUAAUUAGUUUGUAAAAUUUAGUUGUAUUUUUUCCUGUAAUUUUUUA